AGGUCUCGGCCUCCGACAGAACCCACCGCGUGCCGACUCCCAACGCCUGCUUCACCCCAUUUCCCCCAAUUCGAAACCCUAAAACCACCCUUCCCUGCCUCUCUCCAUCCGAUCUCAGCCUUAAGGAGGUCCCCGUUCCAACCCCCCGCCGCCUCGAUUCGUCGCCGUCGCUUAUCCUAUCCGCGAGUACCGAUCGAUCGCGACCCGCUCCAAAUUAAUGCAAAGAAUGAAUUUGCAACAAGGUAGGCCAUUUGCCAAUGGAUAUAGCAGUCGCAGAGUUGAUACAGUGAUGGGGACAAGGAUGGAGAGUAAGACGCAAGUGAGGAAGUCUGCUUCCCCUAAUUUUGUAUCAACAAAUGGCACCAGAGUAGGAAGACCUACAAGCCCAUCACGUGAUCGGCUAAUAUAUGUUUUGACAUGUCUUGUUGGUCACCACGUGGAAGUCCAUGUGAAAAAUGGAUCUAUUAUCUCAGGGAUCUUUCAUGCAACAAAUGCUGAUGGAGAUUUUGAAAUUGUUUUGAAAAUGGCUCAAGUGAUUAAGGAUGGUUCUGUCAGAGAACGGAAGUCGGACCACGAUUCUAUCAAGAAGCCUCAGCCAAUGGUCAUACCUGCAAGAGAACUUGUUCAAGUCCUUGCAAAGGAUGUGUCACUUAGUGAUGAAUUCACGCCUGGGCAGUCAUGUGAAAAGCGGAAAGACCUUAUGAUAGAUUCUGUUAUUUCUCACUCCCAUCAUUUGGAGACGGAGAGGGAGCUGGCUCCCUGGAUGCCUGGUGAAGAUGAUCCUGAAUGUCCGGAAUUGGAGAAUAUAUUUGAUGGAACAUUCGAUAGAAAGUGGGAUCAGUUUGAAACAAAUGAGGCUCUGUUUGGAGUAAAGAGUACCUUUAAUGAGGAACUCUACACUACGAAGCUUGAAAGAGGUCCUCAGAUGAGAGAUCUUGAAAAGAUAGCUUUAAAAAUAGCUAGAGAAAUAGAGGGAGAGGAAACCCAAGAUCUUCAUCUGGCUGAGGAAAGAGGCUUUUCUUACCAUGAUGACUUUAACCUUGACGAGGAGAGUAGAUAUUCAGCUGUCCGUCGGGAAGUCAAUGGUAGUGGAUUAAGAGAAAAUGAAAACUCAGAUAUGGAAGCCUAUGGUUCUGGAAUCAUUGCAGGAUCUCUUGGUCUUGCGACUUCUGGAUCAUGCUCUGAUUCUUUAAGCAAAAAAAAUGGUAAUGAAGCACAAGCAUCAUGUAAUGAAACACAGGCAUCUUCUACCAGUUCAUCAGUGGUUGAGGAGGCAUGCUUGCACACUCUUGCUGAUAAGGGCUUAGGUCUCUCUUCCAUUGAUGCUAGUAGUGAGUUAAAGUCUGACUGUAUUGCAUGGAGUUCAUCCUUGGAGGAUGAGAUCAGGCUGGAUGAUAACCAGAUCAAAGAUCAAGGUGGCAAGAGCGAGCGUAUGGCUAUUCAGGAUUCUCAGACGUCUGAUGAUGUGAAUACGUCAAUAAAAUUGGAGGAAGUAUCUAUAAGUGCCCCUUUGUAUGAUCCUUCAUCUUCUGGUCAAGGAAAUAUAAUUACUGAAUCGUCAGAUUCUCCAGUACGUGGCAAAUUGCCUGCUGCUAGUGAAUCUGUUGACCCCCCUAUACGACAAGGCAGUUCCACUUCAUCUUCUGAGUAUGCACAUGCUGAGUCAAAUCGUCCCUUCUUAUCACCAAGCACUUCAUGUGGAUCAUUAUCUUCAGAAAAGGCAACAUUGAACCCAAAUGCUAAGGAAUUUAAGCUCAAUCCAAAUGCCAAGAGUUUUACCCCAUCAUCUUCUGUGAGGCUACAUGCAGCAAUACCUGAUGGAUCCUUUUAUCAGGCUAGUAAUGUAAAUGCUGUUCAGCAUAUGCAUGGUCUACCUAUGGGAGUGGGGGUUGGUCCAUCAUUUAGCCAUCAGCCUGUCUUUUACAAUCCACAGGCUGCACAGAUACAAUCACCGCAAGCAUACAUCAAUCCUAAUGGGCCAGUGUAUGGCCAGCAGAUGAUUGUUGGGCAGCAUCCACAAUUUUAUUAUGUUCAGAGCUAUCCACCUGAAAUACCACACAAAGGGAGAAAAUUUUAAUAUGUAUGGUUUGUUUGCCUGCUGCUACCACCAUCACUUUGUUAGUGAUUUUUCGUGACCUGCAUUCUGCAAUCACUAAGGAGGAGGACAACUCACAAUCGAACCAAUGGUGGAUUUGGCAUGUUGGCGAAGAUGCCUCGCUGAGAGGAAUUACUUGACUUCACAAUUUGAUCUUUCAUGUGGAUGUAAAUUAUAUAAUUGUCUGCAAGACCUUGAAACAAUGUAGCUAAUGUUAAAACAGCUUUGGGCGCAUAUGAAUUUGAUCAUCCCGGAGAAAGUUGCUCUGGUGGAACAAAUACUUA